GUGGAAACCAAGAAGAAGAAGUCGCGCUAUGUGUUUACAGUCAAUGGCUGCAACAAGACACUGUAUAUAAAACUUAGUAGUUUUGACUCGCGCUUUCUUUCCUCCACCCUAAAAGUCUGUUUCUAUGAAUGGUCGCCCGUGGUCUCCGCUCGUCGUGGGGGUCAGACACUGAUUAGAAAAGUGAAGCGGACACCGUGUCGGGGUUUUAAAAGAUGACGCUCGCGUGAGCUUUACGUGGCGUUUAAUCCCGUUUGAUGUUAGCUCAGAUGCUAGUUAAUGUGUCCCAUUUGUUUUGCAAACGACGAGUGAGCCACGUGUGACGUCCGUGUGUGUCGUCUAAUGGAGCCGUGCAGCGAAAGUCCAUGACAUUAGUUUUGUUUUACUUGGAUUCAGUCGCUAGCAGGAACCUUCUUUCCCGGUUUAGCCAUUAGCGGUGGCUAUGCUGAGAGCAUCCAGGGUGUAGCAGCUAGCCGUGUCCGCGGUAUGAUUCAUCUGGUUGUUUGAUGGGGCUUUCGAGGAUCACGAUGCCGCCAAGGAUCCAACUCUUGGCCCUUUUGGCGUUUGGAGUGGCGAUGCUCUUCAUAGAGAAUCAGAUCCAGAGACUGGACGAGUCCAGAGUAAAACUCGAGCGAACCAUUGCCAGGCACGAGGUGGCUGAAGUAGAGCAGCGUCACAGCGAAGACAGCAGGUGGCGAGAAGUGUUGCCGUGGGACGAAAAAGACGACAUGGUCAUCAUCUACAACAGAGUACCAAAAACGGCAAGCACAUCCUUCACUAACAUCGCCUACGACCUGUGUGGGAAGAACCGCUUCCACGUCCUGCACAUCAACACAACCAAAAACAACCCUGUCAUGUCCUUACAGGACCAGGUGCGCUUUGUCAGGAACGUCACCUCGUGGAGGCAGAUGAAGCCGGGCUUCUACCACGGCCAUGUGGCUUAUCUGGACUUCUCAAAAUACAGCGUGAAAGGUAAACCGAUGUACAUAAAUGUGGUGCGGGAUCCCAUAGAGCGCCUAGUGUCGUACUACUACUUCCUACGUUUUGGAGACGACUAUAGACCAGGCCUUCGACGACGGAAACAAGGGGACAAGAAGACCUUUGAUGAGUGUGUGUCAUCAGGAGGGUCUGACUGCGCUCCAGAGAAACUUUGGCUGCAGAUCCCCUUCUUCUGUGGACACCAUUCUGAGUGCUGGAAUGCUGGCAGUAGAUGGGCCCUGGAACAGGCCAAGUACAACUUGGUGAACGAGUACCUGCUGGUCGGAGUAACCGAGGAGCUGGAGGACUUUAUCAUGAUCCUGGAGGCGGCGCUCCCACGCUUCUUCAAGGGAGCCACAGACCUGUACAGAACAGGAAAGAAGUCCCAUCUGCGGAAGACCACUGAGAAGAAGCCCCCCAACAAAGAGACCAUAGCUAAGCUGCAGCAGUCUGACAUCUGGAAAAUGGAAAACGAGUUUUAUGAGUUUGCACUGGAGCAGUUUCAGUUUGUGCGUGCCCAUGCCGUCAGGGAAAAGGACGGAGAACUUUAUGUGCUGGCCCAGAGCUUCUUCUAUGAAAAGAUUUACCCCAAAGUGAACUAAAAAAGUGUAGCCAGGGAACGGUGACGGGGCUCCACGGAGACUCUGGGAGAACUCCGUAACGAGUCGCAUACACUGGGAGAACACGAGACACUAAGGGAAGCUGGAUUUAUUGCAAUCCUGUCGGAGUUUACGGAAGCAACUGUAAAGACUGAACUGUGGAUCGGUCUAAUUAUUAUUUUUGUUACAGCUGUUGAGAAAACUCAACCUUCAACCUGAAGCGUGACAAACAAUUUUGUUAUUGACUGGUUCAUAUCAAAAUCCGAGAACACUUUAUUUUAUCAUGUUUGGUCUUUAGGUGGACCACCAGAAUACAUGUUCUAGCUGAACCCUACAUUAAAAUGCAACGUCCUUAAAAAAAAUAUAUAUAUAUAAAAAAAAUGAGUUCAUCUGGUGUAUUUAUUACAUUUCCAAUUUGAAUUGCACCAACACUUGUUUACAAACCGUAUAUCAUCUUGGCUGAAUUUGUACAUACUUGACUAAAAAUGCAGUGAACGUGUUUUUGGACCAAACAGUAUCAAAAGGAAAUAGAGUGGACCAUUGCAUCCUUUGGUGCGUGAUGUACUUUUUUUUUUUUUUUUCUUAAACCCACUGAGAUGUUCUCAAUUUUUAUACCUUUAACACAUCGUGACAGUAUUUUAGCACAGAGACAGGGAUGUGCAUUUUUGAUAAAAACAGAAAGCUGCUGUGUGAAAUACAAAUCAUAAAGGACUAGACGGCGUGAAUGCAGGGUUACUCCAAGGAGAGAAGACUGAUAGUGCCUUUAUUAGCGUAGGACAUUUCCUUUGUAUUCAUUUUUUUUCGGUGAUCCCACUGUCAUGCGUCCUCUUAGUUUGGUGUCCUGUCGUGAGUUUUCUGUUGUUUCGUACAUACUUUAACAGAAUAAACAUUAACACAUAACUGCA